CGCAGCCCGCCCCAUGGACCUAUCCAGCUGAGAGGGGGGAUAACCAGAGGUUGCACUGGAUUAAUUUGGUGGAAUAUUAAUUCUCACACCCCAGUUCCCAUACGGUGUUUGGUCGCCUCGUCGAAAGCCAGUCCAUCUUAUCCCGUCCUGAGCUUGGGUUGUGCGGUCUGUAACGGUUUUACACCUGGGGACUCCUGGUUUUACGCAGCGCCCGCGCCAUGGCAAACUCCUGCAUCCAACUGAGCGGCUUCCUCAUCAGCUGUAUCGGCUGGGUGGGCAUCGUGAUCGCGACGGCCACCAACGACUGGGUGACGAUGUGCAAAUACGGUUUGAACACCUGUAAAAAGAUGGACGAUUUGGGAGCCAAGGGGCCAUGGGCCGAGUGUGUCAUCUCCACUGCUCUGUACCACUGCGUGUCUUUCACUCAGAUACUGGACCUGCCAGCAUACAUCCAGACGACUCGCGCUCUGAUGAUCACGGGUUCGAUCCUGGGCCUCCCGGCUGUCCUACUGGUCCUGAUGUCCAUGCCCUGCAUCAGCCUGGGAGACGAGCCGCAGAGCUCCAAGAACAAACGCUCCGUCCUGGGAGGGGUUCUCAUACUCAUAGUCGCUCUGUGUGGCAUCGUUUCCACGGUGUGGUUCCCCAUCGGAGCCCACCAGGAUCAAGGCCUCAUGUCCUUCGGCUUCUCCCUGUACUCCGGCUGGGUCGGCUCUGUCUUUUCCCUGCUUGGGGGAGCCAUGAUCACCUGCUGCUCCUCGGAGUCCUCCUCCCGCUCCUACCAGGACAACAACCGCUUCUACUACUCCAAACAAGGAGGGGGCAACCCGCCGGCUGCCUCCUCAACCAACCACGCCAAGAGCGCCCACGUCUGAGACGGGUGGGUAGGGCUCAGACGAGAGAACGGGGAGAGGUUUUGGGGACUGUUUUAGUCGUAUGGAUGAGGAGAAAUGCUGAUAAAUAACUUUUGACAUGCACAUUAUGCUAGCACAAGAAAUCACACAUAUAUGUACACCGAAACCACCGCUGCCACAUGAGUGCAAAUGGCAACUUAUACAGAGACUGAUGGAACAUGAACACACAUACAUUUAUACAAACACACACAAACGCACACAUCAUGUACAGUUUUUACGUGUAGAAUAAACAACAAUUCAUAAUUGUGAAACCAAAGGGAUGUACAUGCGCGCACACACACACACACACACAUACAGAGAGAGCUCAAUGACUGUGUUGGUGGGAGCUCUGCUUGGAUGGUUUCUGUAUGACAGAGCUCGCCUGCCAGUCUCCUGUGGGGGGCGUUGCCUGGUCUCCCUCUCCCACACCACCUUACAGGUGCAGGCAGAAAACCCAGAGUCCUGGUCGCCGUGCCUAUCUAGCCAUACGGACUGAGCUACCGAUCUUACAUUUUACUUCUAUUUUUUUAUUUUCAUUAGCUGAAAUCUUUGAGUAUUUUGGUUAAUAAAGAUGUGCUUUUUUAAUACAACCCCAUGCUCUCUCUUUUUGUUUUGUUUGAUAUGCACAGUGUAAUGUUUUGUACUGACAGUAUUAUAUAGCCAUUAAAUCACGUUUCCCCACCCCGCCACUGGAGUGGUGGGCCAGUUAACCCACUCCUUCAAGCCGGGGAGGGCUGCACACUACCACAUGUCUCCUCCUAUACAUGUGGAGUCGCCAGCCGCUUCUUUUCACCUGACAGUGAGGAGUUUCACCGGGGGAAGUAGCGCGUGGGAGGAUCACGCUAUUCCCCCCAGUCCCCCCGAACAGGCGGCCCGACCAACAACCAGAGGAGGCGCUAGUGCAGCGACCGGGACACAUACCCACAUCCGGCUUCCCACCUGCUGACAAAGCCAGUUGUGUCUGUAGGGAUGCCUGACCAAGCCGGAGGUAACACGGGGGAUUCGAACCGGCGAUCCCCGUGUUGGUAGGCAAUGUAAUAGACCGUCACGCCACCUGGACGCCCCCGGAGUGGCAAAGUUAAUAAAAAAGUAGCACUGUUUUUCCCCAUCAGUUGCCAAAGGACUCUAGGAUCACUCGAGACCCCGUCUCUCACAGGACCGUGGACUAUAUCUGGAAGACAGAGCUACAGGGCACAUCUUAGCAAACAGCCUCCUACUGUUUGUUGGCACCGGCUUUUUAUGGCAUACACUUGAAAUUAGCAUCGUUGGCAGGUCGUUAGGGAGCUGGGGCAUGAUGGAUCUCAUUAAGACUCUAAAUAUGCCUUCUGACUUAGCCGGCCCGUGUCAGUAGUUAUGAAGCCUGAGAGUUUUGGACACAGCCAUUAACAGGAGCCCUGCGAGCUGCGGGGGGGGGGGGGUCAACAUUCAUUUUUAGCUUCUUCUACAUGUGAUGGGGAUUUUCCAUCAUCCGGGAUCACGUUGACUCAUAACACGCCUUCCGUAACUGGUGUAUGUUUUGAAGUUCGAUAUCAACGUUUGCUAUGAAAACCAUGCUAUCUUGUUACAUUUGAGUCACACUGUAUGGGUCCAUUUUUAUGUUGUGAGGAAAACCCAAGCUUGACCUUCAUUUGGAGUUGCUGAUAGCACGGGCCGCGUUGCUGAAAUGCAAAAUUUCCCAAAUUGUUUAUUCAGGUGGAGGAAACAUAAAAUUACGAGCACCUUUAAAACCUCCUCUGGACGGAAACCCGCCGAGUAUCUGGAAACCAUGCUCAACGCAGAAGGAACCAGAACUUUCAAACCCACACCAAGCGCCACCGUCAGAGCCCCGCCCACCGCAGGGGUCGCUAAUGUUAUUUAUUGUGAUACGGCUUGAUUUUCUGUAAUAAAGGCAA